UUCCCCAAGCACUGUCUUUGCAUGGUAGAGCAUCUUGCAAGACACAGUUUUCAGGAUGUCUGCAUGGCACCGGGGCUGUGCAGCAUCAUCACACAGUACCAGAACAUGGACAUCCUCACCAGCACAGGACACCUUCACUUGUGACUGAGCUACAAGAAACUCCCCUGUGAAUGACUUGGAUGCCUCACAUCUCUUUAUGCCAUCCUGGCCCACCCGCCCAUAUCAGAGCCUUCCCGUAUCUGCUGUGCUGCCACCACCCUGCUGCUUCUUUUGGGGCUGCUAAACCUGCCCCACGUCUCUGGAGGUAACCUGUAAUCUGCAGUGGACAAGGGGCCAUCUGGGUCUUCCCACUGGUUUUACUGGGGCUACCCAUUGCCAUCCUGCUUCCUGAGAGAACUGCUUUGCUCAUAGCCUGGAGCAACAAGUCACUGGGAAGUCCUCAACACACACAGGCCCUGGGCUGCAGUGCCAGUCUGGAUUCAUUAUUCUGUCUGGAUUUCCCAGGAAGGUGGUGCAGCCCUUGGACAGGUCACAUGAAUAUGGCAGUCUCCAUCCAUAGGGGUUUCCAAAGCAUACGAUGCCACAAGGGCUCUAACCUUGCGCAGCAGAAAGUCCCGCUGAGAGACAGGCUGCAGUGGAGACAGAGGUCCCUUCCCACCAGCAUUGCUAGGGUCCUGUGCAAACACCUUUCAAAUAGCAUACAUCCCAUUUCAGACCUCGCAAGGGGUCCUUAAGGGCUAACAACACUUCCCUGCAUCUCAUUCCGGAAACCAGUAGCAAGGGAGUGCUGCAUCCUGCCCUGCCAUGCAGCUUCUUUGGGCUAUAAAGGAGGGCAUUUGAGUCAUGGUUUAGCAGCAAGGAGUGUAAAUUUGUCUGAACUAUAAUUAUUUUUUGUAUAAAAGCACUAACUUUUGCUCUAACUUUGUGUGGAUCUUUUGCAAUCCACAGUAGAUCCUGAGCAGAGACUCUGUAUACCUUUGCACUCUGAUAAGGAGAACAUUAUUACCCUACUAGUGGCCAGGCCAGAUAAGAGGUUUUGGGCGGGCAGUCUGCAUUUUUUUCAAGCCCUCAUUAUGCUGCACCAGUAUCUCCAGAUGCCCUUCCGAGGGAGUUAGGCUGCUUCCUAUUCAACACAGCGAAGAGCCAUGGCCAAUUCAGAACAAUGCCACACUAAUUUGGAGCCUUCUAAUCAACCCAUUGCAGCCCGUGAGGAGCAUGGAGAGGCAGAAAUCCCCAUCGCCCGCCGCUUGAGAGACCGUGAGAUGCUCCGGAAAAGAAGGGAAAAAGCCCAGGAGAAGGACUCAGCUUACUGGAUUUACAGGGAGCCGAGGAUCAAAAAGCCGAGGAAAGGCAGAGGAGACAAGCAAGGAUGGGGUGACCAGCCAGCAGUGGAGCCCAAACCAGUGGCGGAACUGAAGGUGGAACCGGAGGCAGAACCAGUGGAAGAACCAGCGGAAGAACUGGAACAUGUCCAGCCCAACCUCAAGCCGCAGGAGAAGGCUGAGCCAGUGGCACCCAAGCCAGCACCACCUGAGCCAGUGCAACAGGAGCAGUCGCCUGCGCUGACCACCCAGGGCCUGGUUGCUGGGAUGCCAAUGGGAGCAGCGGGUGGGGAGCUGGCAGCCAGUAGCCAGGAUGCUGUGGGUGAUGAGGAGCUGCUGAAUCUGGCAGAAACGGAGAUACCUGAAGAUCUGAAUACUCCUCUGGAUAACAUGUGCCAGGAUAACGAAUACAUACCCUUUCUGUUUUAGUUUUCUGAUCGGGUUUUUUCCGGUUCAGGAUGUUUUGACUCCUGCCUGACAAACUCCAAUAAGUACUGCAGAGUGAUUUUGACCUGCUCCUUCCUUGUAACAAAGCCCAUACGCUCCUGGUCACUCUGCUUUUUAUGCUUCUUUUAAGUUAGAAUGAGGGCAAAUGUAAUUGCUGUGCUUUUAGCUAGCUGGAGCUGCUCAGCUUGGGCUUUUUUCCUGCACCCAAUAAAACAGCCACUUGUUUCAUCAUCU